CAUUUGCAGGAUAUACAUGCAUGUCGAAUAUAUAUAUAAAACUAGAGGUGAACCAGUUCAGACGUACGUCAGAGAGUCAGAGAGAUCAGAUUGAUCAGAAAGAGGGGAGGAAUAGGAGACAUCGAUGAAGACUGGUGCUCAAACUCACCAUGUUCAACAUUUCAGCCACCAACAUCCCUUGAAGCUUUCGAAUCACCCAAGCCAUGUUGCAAGCUUAUGUGCAGGUUGCAAGCUCAUCUGUGCCGGCUCAGCUGGAUCAAUCUACACUUGCAGUGCUGGUUGCAAUUACUUCCUCCACACGUCAUGCGCGCAAAUGCCUCAGCAAAUGACACACCCGUUUGAUCAAAACCAUGUCCUCACUCUUCUUCCGAUCCCUGCAUACCCUGGAGGCGAAUUCAGAUGUAAUGCUUGUUGGAAGGAUGGCAGCGGGUUUUCCUACCACUGCGGACCUUGCGACAUUGACCUCCACAUGAACUGCGCUUCGAUGCCGCUAUCUCUUCCUCCCCAUCAGCAGUUCCACCAUCCUCACCAACUCAAUCUCACCUUCUCGAUGCAACCUGGUUCUCCCAACUCAUUCAUGUGUGAUAUAUGCAACAACGCUGGGCACAAAGAGUGGUUCUACUGGUGCGUUCCUUGUGAUUUCACUGCGCAUUUGGGCUGUGCAAGGUCAAAACCAAGACCCAGUAUUCCCGUCAUGCCCAACUUUGCACCAUCACCAACAUAUGCUGGGCAACCUCCUGUCGAUGCCAGUAUUCCCGUCAUGCCCAACUUCGCACCAUCAACAACAUAUGCUAGGCAACCUCCUGUCGAUACCAGUAUUCCCGUCAUGCCCAACUUUGCACCAUCAACAACAUAUGCUAGGCAACCUCCUGUCGAUGCCAGUAUUCCCGUCAUGCCCAACUUUGCACCAUCAACAACAUAUGCUAGGCAACCUCCUGUCCAUGCCAGUAUUCCCGUCAUGCCCAACUUUGCACCAUCAACAACAUAUGCUAGGCAACCUCCUGUCGUUGCCAGUAUUUCCGUCAUGCCCAACUUUGCACCAUCAAUAACAUAUGCUAAACAACCUCCUGCCCUUGGUAGAAUUAUAAAUAAUAGUUUUACGAACCUUCAUGGUCAGGUAAAUGGCUUAACCAAGACAGUCAUCCAAUCUUUGGUUGGUAGGGGAGGGGGUGAUGGCUCCUCUUUUAGCAUUCUUUUCGAUGGUUCCGGCUUUCAGCAGGGAAAUGGCUUAGACCAGACAGUAACGCCGGAUAUCUUCGAUAGUGGCGGUAGCACCGGCUCUUCUGGUUUCGACUUUGGUACUACUGAUUUUGGAAGCAGUGCAAUUGGUGGAUUAGGAGAUCUAAUUAGUAACAGUCUCGACUUGUUUGGAUAAAACAAAUAUCUCAACUUCAUGUUUUCAUGACGGGUUCAGACAGAAACUAUUAAUUAAGCAUGUAGUGUCUUUUUCACCGUUAUAUAAUCAUUAAUAUGCAUGCAGUUUGUUUAUCAGUUAUGAACACGAAUAAUUUAUAUAAAUAUUUGAAUUUGGAUCA